UGCAUAAUAUAUUUGGUUCACGGCGUCCAUAACCAGGAAGCUACUGCAAAUGACGCGCAUAAAGGGGUUUUUCUAUUACUGUUUAUACAGAAACCGGAAAGUUAUUGUCAGUAUUUCAGGUCGGACGUGAAGCAGUGAGCCGUUGUGCUUUGCUUUGGUGCUAGAAAUCGGAACCGGCGAGCGACACUAUUGUUCCACAGUUUUACAGUAUUUUUAUUUACUCAACGGAAAAAGGAGUGAUUCAGUUUCAAUGUCAACUUUCUCUUUUGUUUAAAUUAAGCUGCUACGCAAAAGCCUUUUUACGAGGGAUCAUCAAAAUGGUUAACCAUUUCCACAUUAUUUUGGGCCUGAUUUUCUGUCUUGGGUUAUUUGUUUUAACUUCAAGCUUGUUAGUGGAAAGUCCUCCGAUAACCUGCAAUCAGACGGGCCUGAGCUGUACUGUUAUCCGAGAUAACUGCUAUGAAAACCUACUUCAUUCAGCUGAAUGGACGCCAUCUGCACCAGUGUGGAAUUCUGAUGAGAUAGGAAUUAAUCUGAUUGAAGAUGAAAAUGGUAGUCAAGUUCCUGUCUUGGAAAUUAAAUGGAAAUCUGCCCAAGAUGCCAGCAUCAAGUAUCUUAAAGGAGCUCAGGUCAAAAUAUUGCAGGCAUCUGACAAUUCAUUGUUCUGCAUUAAUUAUAUGUUCCAUAAUAAGAUUACAUCACAAGUCAACUUUAACAAGCAGCCGUGGUCAUUUUCAUUCAAUAGGUUCAUCGCAGGACCUGGACAGAAGUACUUGGUCUCAGUAUACCAUCUUCCACAACUUAACAGUGAUUCAAUUAAUUCCAUAUCUAAAAGUGUUGAAAUUCCAGGUUGCAGUGAUCCUAGAAUAAAUAGAACAAAGCCAUGCCAGUUAAGUGGAAACUUAUGGGAACCAAAUAUUUCACUUGAGACAAAUGAAAAAGAGGCUUCUGUUUAUUUUAAGUUGGACCAUGAUGCGCAAAAGUAUGUGGUUUUUGUGAAGAGCUUUUAUGAUGGAAGUCAGUGUUCUGAGAAAAAAGAAGAAAUCACUAACAUUACAUUCUCUGAAAAUUUGAAAAUGGCCAGUGUGAAAAUUUCAACAUCUGGUUGGAAGAGAAGUUGUUGCAACUAUUCCGUGGAGAUUCAACCCUUUUUUUUCAGAUGUAAAAAUGACUGUGUACGUCAUGCUAAAAUAUUUAAUAAGUGUGUUGGUGUAUUAAUAGUUCAUAAUAACAACUCACAUUACUGGGUCAUCCCUGUGCUUGGACUGCUCCUCUUCAUUGUCCUAGCAAUAAUAUGUAUUAAAAAGAAGCGAAACAAGGGGUUAGGUGUUAAAAUUCAGACGGAUGAAGAUAAUGGAAAUGAUUGCUUUACUGAACAAGACACCCAUCGAAAAGUGUUCAUAUUGUACUCUCUUGACCACCCAAUGUACAAGGAGAUUGUACUUAAAUUUACUGCAUUCUUGAAAGCAGAAUGUGGUAUAGAUGUUGUCCUAGAUCUCCUAAAUACACAACAAGUUGGAGAAAUGGGACACAUGAACUGGCUGGCUUGGCAGAAGCAAGAAUUUGAGAAUUCCUCCAACAAAAUACUUAUCCUCUGCUCAAAGGGUGUACAAAUGAAAUGGCAAGCAAUGUUGACCCAAGAGACAUCACAGCGUGUUAUUCUUAAGGAGGAUAUCUGUUCUGAGAUGGGAGACAUGUUUACUCCUGCUUUAAAUCUAAUCCUUCCUGAUUUCAAGCUCCCGGCACAGUUUGGAAAAUAUAUAAUUGCAUAUUUUGAUGGUGUCAGCAGUGAGCAGGAUAUUCCUGACCCUUUUAACAUCAGUGUGAAAUACAAACUUAUGAAACAUUUUGAAGAGAUCUACUUCCGGAUCGUAGACAAGGAGAAACAUCAACCAGGAAGGAUUCAUCAUGUACAAGGUAUUUCUGCAGAUGAAUACUUUAAAAAACCUUGUGGGAGAGAAUUGAGAAAUGCAAUUGAAGACUUCUUGGAAUAUCAGACACAGAACCCUGACUGGUUUCAUAAUGAGUGUGUGAAGACAGAAAAAGAAAUGACAUAUACAUCAUUAGAUGACAACAUUUCAGAAGACCCUGUCAUGGGAUCCAUCAUUAACAUUAUGACCUGUAACGUUCCUGGUAAGGUCUGUGUCCAACAACCUAUUGUUUCAGAGGUGAAGGAAAAUCUUUUAUCCCAAGUUGUUCUGCCUAGUAUUGCAGUUGAAGAUUGUGAAAUGUUUAUGUCUGAGCUAAACACACGAGACAGAGAAGAGACCAGUUGUGACAGAGUUGAGCUUCAUAUUUCCUCACAGCAGGAAGGCAACUUGAGCUGUUUUAGAACUGAAACUUCAUUUUGGAAAUCUCCAGUUGCUAUGUAUGAAAAAACUGCCCUAGAGCUGCCUCAUGAAAAAACUAAAAUGGGCAGUAAUGAAUCAAGUUUAUCAUCUGAAUCCUGGAAGCAGCUUCAGGUUCUCCAAAACAUGCAGAAUGCACAAUUUCCUUUUUCUUUUGCAGAGCAAGAAAACUUCAAUAUGUGCAGCACAGAGCUGAAUAAUGGUAAGAGGCAGUCCAGUGAGACAGACCAAGGGUAUAUGUCAUUACUGCCUAACUCUACCUACCAAACUGAUCUAGAUGAUGCUGAUGCUAUAAGUGAACUUAUAAAAUUGCAGCAAGACUGCUACAUGGAAAGCCUGAGACUCUGAUACUUUUACUAAAUACCAUGUGUCUCAAAUCUGAUUUAUUAAAAGAAGGUAAAUUCAUUCCACUAAUCAUGAAAACAAAUGCAGAGAUAGAAUUGUGUGGCGCUUAAUGGUGAUGAUGAUGUAAAGCUUCCACAUGCUACAUCUACCACUGCUUGCUCUUUGGCUGUUAAUUCUCAAACUUAUUUCUGGGAGUGAUCACAGAACGUUUGCCUGCAUUGCAGCAAAGGUGGUGUCCUUUCGAUGAUGCUAAACACAUUUAGCUGCCUUUAACUUGCUAAAGAAGAUUUAAUCUUCCACUAUGAAUGUUGCUGAUAGUGACAGCUCUAACUCGGCAAUAUAAGGAACCUGCUGUCCAUCACACCAUCACACCAACACCUUGAAUACAACCAUGCAAGUUAAUUUAAACGAACAUGGAACUGAUAUUGUCUGUAUCAAAGAAGAAUGGGCAAUAAUAAUUCUCUGAAGUUCUAUUUUGCUUGUCAUAAUUCUGAUGUAAAUAUUCUGCAGCAAUAACUCAGCGUCCUUAAAAUUAAACAUACUCCUCGAGAAGACAGUGUGUUGCCAAUAUGGUUCCUACAUCUCUUGAAUUUUGUUUUGGAGACAAUGUGAGCACACAGGGUGUAUUUUGACUCAAUAGAGUCCGAUUCCCUCAUCAUUACAUUUUUAGGGUUCACGAACUAACAUAUUAUCCUGAAAAAAGUCUGCAUAUGGGGGCGACAGUUUUUUUUUUUUCCCCUGAUAAUUAGUCCUUUUACAGAUCAACACAGGAAAGUAAUGGAUCCCACAUUUAAGAAAGCCUGAGCUCAUGGUCUUUAACUGUUCCUGCUCUACCUCUGAAAAGCUAAAACCACAUCUUGAUUUGGUUCACUUCACACACGACUCUCCGGAAUAGGUUCUUGCAGCAGCAGAUAAGUUUAUCCCCACUGGCUCUUUGCUGCACUGAUUUCCAUCCUGGAUAAUUUGCAUUAUUCACCAGCCUAUUAUCUCAUUCUCAUUCUUUGGCACUUUAUAUAUUUGAUCUCAUUGUAUGUAUUGCCCUCGGCUUUUUUCUGUUAUAUCCACCUCAGAUGAACUUUAUGUCCUUUACUUUGGCAACAGUUAUGCAUACAGUUGUAGAUAUUGUAGAUAUAUUCUGAUUCUCAAUCAGAAUGAUGGAGAUGUGUGUUGAGUAAUACAGAUUAGAGGGUUCAUGGCUAAUACAGUACCUGUCUUAAUAGUCUUCUCUCUUGUUAGUGUGCUUUUUCCUGACUGUUUCCUCUGGUUUAUUGGGAUGCUGUUUCAGUUUAACCACCAUGGGCUUCAAUUUCCCACAAUUCCCUAUACUUAAAUGUUUUGUAUACAGAGGACAGGGAAUGGGUAGGGAUGGGGCCAGUAAUUCUCAUGGUUUUCUUUACUGUUUUAUUAUGUAUAUAGUUUUUAUAAAUGGGGGUUGAGGGGUAUGCAAUAUUUAUUAGGUUGUGGAUUAUGUAGGAAAAAGGUUAGGGAAUGGGCCGUAGUAGUAAGAUAUUAGGAGUAACUAUGAGUGAGCUCCUUAAAGUGGUAUUGUCUCAUUUAGGUCAGUUACUAUUCAGAAAUGUCUAGCCGCCAUGUGUUCCCUGAUUCUGAUUUUGGCAGCUGAUCUUCAUUGUUGUAAAGAUAAAUGUUAUUGGGUCACAUCUUCCUCUUCUGGUUAAUCAAAGAAAUCUGGAGUGAUCAUUCUCUUAAGAACAACACUGUAAAUUAAUGUAACUUGUGCCAUCUUUGUUAUUUGAUACUACAGUUGGGAACUGUAAACUGCUAUCUUAUUUGCAUAAUCACACACUCCACAUUGCACUUCUUCUUGGAUUUUUGCCAGUCGACUUUUAUGUUCCAAGGGUAGAAGCUGUUUAUCAGCACUGACAUAAAUGUACCAGUAAGUCUGCUGGUAAAUAGGCCCUCCAUUCUGCUGCUUCAUUGCAUUCCUUUACUCCACGGUUUCUUUACAUAAACAUGCUAAGUUUGUUUUUGCUUCUGUUUGCUUAGUCCCUCUGCAAUAGAAUUUCCUUUUGUUAUCCUUACCAUUAAACAAUUUUACAUAGUGGUGGAGUUGCAGCCUAUUCAGGACAUGAGUGUUCAUGAAGGUAAAAAUUACUUGGAAGUGUUUCACCUACUCUAAACCUGAUGGGACAUGUGACUUAAAGCUUGUGCUUACACAGAAUGAGUAUCUUUAUGUUUAAGGGGGUUUGAGUCCUCUUAUAAAUAAACUACCAAUGUAAAAAUGUAUGAAUAUAUAUUUUAUAGUACAAUAAAUUAACCUUUUUUCAUUCUUUUAUACUUUUUUUUUUACUGCUUUUUGUAUUAUCUAUUCAACAAAUCUUCAUUUCAUAAUUCCAAUUAUUUUUGGAAACUUCUUCAAUAAUUGAUGUUUGUAUGCAGCAGCUAAGCAGUGGUAGAUGAACUAGAAAUUCGGAAUAAUGAUGGAUGCUGGUUGCCAGUAAAUGGACAGCACCAUUUCAUUUAACAUUUUGUCUUCUACUGUAUAUAAGGAUAUGUUUUAUUUUUAGUACAAGGUGAUAUGACUUGUGAUAGGACAUGGAAAUCCGUCAUGGAUGAAAGUGCUCACAGAAAGUGCCGAUGUGAAAUUGGAAAACCACUCCACAAUUACCCAUGACAGUUGUGUUGUGAUUUCCUUGUAGUCACCAUAAAAAAGGCAGCGAGUAGUGAAGUUUCUUGGACUCCUACGGCUCUGUGUGGUCUGCCUGCUUCAAGUCAGCUGGGGGGAAUGUUGAUGAGUGGGCAGCGCUGUGAUUGCUUCCUGAGACUCCUUUCAAGACUGAGACACAAUAACUGCUUAGACAUUCAUGAGUGAACAUUUGCAAUGGAGAAGUAUGCAAUUGGCAUGAACACGUGCUACUUUGUAUACUAAAUGUAACACUGAAACAACACCUGUGGUUUAGUUCCGGUAAUAAAAGAAACCAGAUACAUAGAGCUUCAUUUGUCUGCAGGGGGAAAUUUGGCUUUUUCCAGAAGCUCUUUAAAUAAAUAAAUAAAUAAAUAAAUAUGGAGCUUCUCUAAAAAGGCUGCUACUUGCACAGCAUCCAGACGAUGAAGUCGAAUCUGGCAGCACUUGCUCAUGAUAAGUGUGUAUGUCAAGUAAGGAUCUGUCACUCUUUUACUUAUAAGGUGACAAAUCAGUGUUGCUGGUAGAAAAAUUGACAUGUCAGGUUAUCUGAGCAAGUGAGGGUUGACUUAGGCUCUCUAGAUGACUAUGCUGGUGUGUGUUGCAUUUAGUGCUACUCACAUACAGAUAGCAUCUUGCAUGUUUUUCCCUUGCAACUCGUUUUGGUGGGGUGUUAAAUUGUUAAAUCAAAUGUGCUUGUAGUGUAACUAUACUCGUGUUAUGUCUCUGUCUGGCUCUUUAGUUUUAAAUAUAUUAUUUUCCUUGCCCUCUCUAAGAUAUCAAGUGCUUUCUUUUGUAACUACAUCCAGCCUUGCUACUCUCCCCAUGUUUCUCACUGGAGAUUUAGCUCUUUUCUUUUAAAUAAUAGAUUUUUGGCUGAUUGUUACCCUUACCGGAUAUGGAAUUCUUUCAUUGGACUUUCUUGUGUAUUCUCUCUCUCCUUCUUCCAUCAUCAUCAUCUUGGUCAUCACUACAUACUGACUUCACAUUUGGCUCCCCUCAUUUCCUGGUGGGUAUUUCGUAUGUUCUGCUGGACUAUGAGGCUUAUAUGUGCUCCCAGCUACUCUUUAGGGCUCGUUUAUACUUCACGCUCAGAAUGCAUACGCGCAUGCAUCAUGGCCACCACGUGUUCCCAGCGUUCAUUUGAUGCGUCCUCUGAGCAGGCCCUCAGAAAUUAACACAACGCAUGUGCGAGUUGCAGUACCAGCAAAAAGUCGGGGGGCGUAGUGUGAUAAAAGUUGGAAUGUGACAUCAGAGUCUCUGUUUACUAUCUACAUGUGACAGAAAGCCGCUUUGA